CCCUGGCGGCGAGUCCCGGGCCGGUGCCGCUUAGGAGCGGGCCGGGCGCAGUGGAACCGGCCGGAUGGCUGCGCGGCCGGUGUCCCGGAUGCUCGGGCGGGCGCUGCGCCCCAGCACGCGAGGCUGCAGCUCGGGGGCGCCGGUGACGCAGCCCCGGCGCGGGGAGCCUGCCCGGGCUGGCCCCGAGGAGCUGUCCAGGAGGCAGUUCCUAAGGGAGCAUGCAGGCCCCUUCUCCGACUUCCUCACCGACAGCUUUGGGCGGCAGCACAGUUACCUGCGGAUCUCCCUCACCGAGAAAUGCAACCUGCGAUGUCAAUACUGCAUGCCUGAGGAGGGUGUUCCUCUGACCCCAAAGUCUGAGCUGCUGACCACUGAGGAGAUCCUGACCCUGGCUCGGCUCUUUGUGAGAGAAGGUGUAGACAAGAUCCGGCUCACGGGUGGAGAGCCACUCAUCAGGCCAGACGUGGUGGACAUUGUGGCUCAGCUGCACCAGCUGGAAGGGCUGCACACCAUCGGCGUCACCACCAAUGGCAUCAACCUGGCCCGGCUGCUGCCUCAGCUCCAGAAAGCAGGUCUCACUGCCAUCAACAUCAGCCUGGACACAUUGGUGCCAGCCAAGUUUGAGUUUAUUGUCCGCAGGAAAGGUUUCCACAAGGUCAUGGAGGGCAUCCACAAGGCCAUUGAACUGGGCUACAGCCCUGUAAAGGUGAACUGUGUGGUGAUGCGAGGCCUGAACGAAGACGAGCUGCUGGACUUUGUGGCCUUGACUGAGGGCCUUCCCCUGGAUGUGCGCUUCAUAGAGUACAUGCCCUUUGAUGGCAAUAAGUGGAACUUCAAGAAGAUGGUCAGCUACAAGGAGAUGCUGGACACCCUCCGGCAGCGGUGGCCAGAGCUGGAGAAGCUGCCUGAGGAGGAAUCUAGCACUGCCAAGGCCUUCAAAAUCCCGGGCUUCCAAGGCCAGGUGAGCUUCAUCACAUCCAUGUCAGAGCAUUUCUGUGGGACCUGCAACCGGCUACGAAUCACUGCUGACGGGAACCUCAAGGUCUGCCUCUUUGGGAACUCAGAGGUAUCGCUGAGAGACCACCUGCGGGCCGGAGCCUCUGAAGAGGAGCUGCUGGGCAUCAUUGGGGCCGCUGUGGGCAGGAAGAAGCGGCAGCAUGCAGGCAUGUUCAAUAUUUCCCAGAUGAAGAACCGGCCCAUGAUCCUCAUCGCGUGCUCUUGGAUGCUCUGCGAUUCCCCACCAGCCAGGCCGAGCAUCUCUUCCUGGAUCCCCUUCUGUGUGCAGGGUCACCGACACAGCUUCUCCAACAGAAUGGGCACUUCGCAGAGAGGAGGCUCUGUCUCCCAGACCUCUUCCAUCCCGAGCAUUGCUUCCUGGAACCCCCUCCAUGUUCAGGGUCUUAGACACAGUGUCUUCAACCAAAUGGUGACUUCACAGAAGGGAGGCCGGGUCCCCCAGGCCUCUCUCUUUGCCCAGCAGUGGCUGGGUGCCAGCUCCCUCCAAAGACACUACAGUUUCCACCUAGACUCAGAUGCCAAACCAGAGUGCCUUAGCCCGGGGUCCCAGGCUCCUGGCUGUGCCUCGGGACCCCCGCCAACCUCGGGGCAACUCACCCAUGUGGAUGCAGCAGGCCGGGCAGCCAUGGUCGAUGUAGGCAAGAAGCCUGACACUGAGCGGGUGGCCGUAGCCUCAGCCAUUGUCCUUCUGGGGCCAGUGGCCUUCAAGCUCGUCCAAGAGAACCAGCUGAAGAAGGGAGAUGCCCUGGCUGUGGCCCAGCUGGCAGGAGUGCAGGCAGCCAAGCUGACCAGCCAGCUGAUCCCCUUGUGCCACCAUGUGGCCCUGAGCCACGUUCAGGUCCAGCUGGAGCUAGACAGCAUACGCCAUGCCGUGGAGAUCCAAGCAUCCUGCCGGGCACGGGGCCCCACCGGCGUGGAGAUGGAGGCACUCACCUCAGCUGCCAUGGCUGCCCUCACCCUCUAUGACAUGUGCAAAGCUGUCAGCAGGGAAAUCGUCAUUGGAGAGAUCAAGCUCGUUAGCAAGACUGGGGGCCAGAGGGGGGAUUUCCAUCGGACUUAGAGCCCUCUCACCUGUAGACCCACCAGGCAGAAGAUGGGAUAGUCAGGGCUCCAGGAAAGAAAGAUGUCUAGUUUCUUUGGUUCUGUCUCUGUCCACCUUCACCCAUAGGAGCCCGAGCCUAACCACCCUCCUCCUCCCCCGCAACUGCCUGAUGGUCAGAAUGACUCACCACAUUUUCUUCCAUUCAUGUGCAAACCAGCCAGCCCCUUGGCCUUCCUGGACAGUAAGGCCAUGCCAAGGGGUCCCUAUAAGCAAUACUGGGCAACUGAAAAGUCCCACUGUAUCAUUUAUAGACUGUUGGACACAGCCACUCACAGAGUCCCAGCCCACCACUUCCACUUCUCACUGUGGGUUUUCUCUUCCUGCUUCUCUAGGGAGAGAAUAAGGGCUCACUCGGCAGAGGAACCCACUUUGAGGAGGGAAGCACAGCUUGCAGUGCUUUGCCCUGGCGAUUUCCCUUCUCCAUCCCACUUUUGAGAGCCAGUGAUCCCCUCCUUGUGCCUGGCCUGGUCCCCUCGAGCCAACAGGCUGUUGGUAGGUCACACAAUCGCAUCAUCCUGCUGGCUGUCCCUGCCCCUCUCUGUUCAACAGGAGCAGCCUGUGCGGUGGGCUUCUGACUGGCCCCACAGCCCCACAGCUGCCCACACCCCUCUAUGCUGGAACAAAUCAGGGAAAGAAGGGAGUUGAGAACUCCACCCAUGUGGCACACUAAUAAAGUCAUGACGCCAACUUCAGUUUACCCAGUUUCAUGCUCAUCCCUCAACCCCACCUCUAGGCCAACUCCCCCCGAGGCAGAACAGGUGUGACAGGGCACAUUCUCUGUCUGUCACAGCCUCAGCCUGCGGGAGACGGGGGGCAUGCAUGGGAGGUACAGAACUGUACUGUCUGCAGUGCACUCUGCAGAGGCAGGGGCCAGGGAUGGGGCUCAGUGACAGAGCACAUGCCUGACAACAGUGCAGCCCUGGGGUCCAUCCCCACCACACACCACAGAUCUGUUCAGGGGUGGCGUGUCCAAAGCAGCAGAUCCUCCUCACCAGCCCUUCGUGAUCAGGGGUCUUGUUUAGGCUUUCCCAUCCCCAAACACUAGACUUAACGUGUCUCUGGCAAGGAGCGCCACUGCCACCUGCCCCUUCUCUUGUGACCCAUCAGUCCUACAGCAGGGCAGAUGUUAAACACCGACUCAAAGGAAAAGUAAAGGCCAGAUUCCAUGGUCCAGAUGGGCUUCAGAAUCAGCUGGUUUUUGACCCAGCAUCAGACUGGGGCUCAGGUGAUCACCCAAUUCACAUCAAGACCUCCCACAGGAAGAAGGCAAAGUGUGUAGGCCCGCUGGGUGGGAAAGGUUUGGAUUUAAUAUUUUUUAGUAUUACAAUAUAUUCUUGUAAAAAAAAAAGGUGCAGGUGAAAAGGACACCGCAGAUUUUGUACAUGUGCCUCAUUUAUCGUCUGAGACCGCUGGGGAGUGUGACCUCGACGCAAAGGCAUCCC